AUGGCUUCCAAAAGUUCAUCUUCUUCCCGGACAUGCCUCUGCGCUCCCACCACCCACCCGGGCUCUUUCAGGUGCAGCCUUCACCGGAGCUUCUGCAAGCUUGCCGGCCGACCACCGGCGCGCACUAACGGUGGCCGCUUGGAACCCAAGUUGGACUACUCCUCCAAAACCAAUCUUCUAAAGGCCUCCCUCAUGAAGAUCAUCAAACCGUCCAGCCAUGAUAUUCAGAGAAGGAGAAAUUUUCAGCCAAGACCUUCCAGGUUCUGUUUGAUGAACAGCAACUCUGAUGGAGUUGCUGUUUCUUGA